AUGGAACUCGCGGUGCCAGGCAGACCGGACAGGCAGGGAUCCUCGGUAUUUCUUUUUAAGUGCUUUGUCAGGAGUCUGCGGCAGUUCCUCAACGAGACGGGUCUGCAUGGUCUUAAAUUUGUGGGGGACAGCAAUCUCAGCAGUUGGGAGAGAUCGUUUUUCUUUGGCUCCUUUGUAACUGCACUCAUAAUCACAGUUCACCUUAUAUCGAACAUCUAUGUCAAGUGGGAUAGCACUCCGGUGAUAAUUGGCAUCAGCCCACAUGCCACCUCCAUUUUAAAGGUACCCUUUCCGGCUAUAACCAUAUGCAAUAUGAACCAAGUGCUAAGGAGUCGGGUGGCCAAUUACAGAGAAGGGUCCAAUGAGAGCGCCCUUUUAAAGUUCUUGUGUGACUCCGAAAGCAGGCAGUCCCAAGAGCUUGAUGUGGAGCCAUCCGACUCGAAUAUCGCCAGGAACGACUUGAAAGUGUCCGACUUUGUCUUAAAUCAUUCGCAGUCCUGCGAGAGAAUGUUGCUCUUUUGCAAAUUCAGUGCCAUGGAGCGAAAUUGUUCGCACCUGUUUCAGCCGAUCCUGACGGAUGAGGGCCUGUGCUGCGUCUUUAACUUUCAGCCGAUUGAAAAUCUCGUCAAGCCUUAUGCCAAUUGCCGUAGAAAUUUGACGACAGAAGAUGGUUUUGAAAGUGUCAAGUGGGAUCCCGAAGCAGGCUAUCCCGAAACAUUACCCCCAAAAUUUUAUCCAGCCACAUCAAGUGGAACUGGUAUUAGUUUGGGAUUUACUGCUGUCCUAGAUGCUGAAAUGAACGAAUACUACUGCUCAUCAACUAAUGGACCGGGUUUUAAGGUCUACUUUCACAAUCCCGUUGAGAUGCCCAUGGUGAAGGAGGCGGGACUGAUCACAGCCAUUGGCUACGAGACCAAUUACCGCAUUGAAAUGGUUCGAGCCGAGGCAGUGCCGGCCAUUCGUUCGAUUUCCCGCGACGGCCGGCAGUGUCUGUUCAAGAACGAGAAGGAGCUGAUCUACUACAGGAUCUACACGCGGCUCAACUGCGAGAACGAGUGCGUGGCCGCCUAUCUGUACGAGACCUGUUCCUGCAUCCCGUUCGAGUAUCCGCGGAUCUACAGCAACGCCACCACCUGCAGCAUGCGGGACAUUUUCUGCGUGCGGCGGGCUCAAAGGGCGGCCAACCGGCCAAGUUGGGUCAAGUGCCGUCAACAGUGCCUGCCCAGCUGCUUCGACCUGAACUAUCUGGCCAGUGGCUUCGCCUUCCCGCUGGCCUCCAACAACUUCCAGCUGGCCAACGCGCUGGUCGAGGGCAUCAAUAAGUCCUAUCUGAGCGAGAAUAUAGCCGUGAUUAAUGUCUAUUUCCGGGAGUCCGUCUACCAUGGAAACACCAAGAAUGCCUACGUGGGAUUGACCGAGUUUCUAUCCAAUGUGGGUGGUGUAAUGGGUUUGUUUAUGGGUUUUAGCGUCAUCUCGUUGGCAGAGAUCUUGUAUUUUUUGAUCUUAAAACCACUGGCAGAGCUGUUCGUUUGGAAAAGGUCUUCGAAUGUAGACUCAGAAAACAGCCUUAAACGUAAUGCAUUUGGCAUAGAACAAACUAAGACUUCAUAUCAUCAAAAUGUAUGGCAUACAAGAGAACUAUAUCCCAAGGGAGUAACAUUGAAGGCAACCGAAAGGGUUAGAAAAAUGAGAAGCAGUAAAAUUAUAAGCAACUCCCUUAAACAUUAA